AUGGUAACAAUUGUUUCGUAUGCCCAAGAAUUCACCGUGGAAAUCAGUGACCAAGAACCAGUCUUGGAGAUCAAGAGAAGAUUAGGACAGUUUCUUGAAAUCCCGACAUCUUCCAUCACGCUCUCUGUCUCAGGCUGGGAACUUCUCGAUGGCCUCGACAUGGAAGAUUACCCGAUCAUCUCUCACGGAACCAGCAUCCAUCUCACAGUAAAUCCCAUUUUCACCGCACCCCUUUACAACCUCUCCGGUAAAAUCCACGUCAACGUGAAGUUCCCUUCGAAACAAAUCACCGUCCAAGUGGACAGAACCGACACGGUUCGUAGUUUGAAGGAAAAGAUUCACAUAAUCGACGAGGCACCGAUCAAGAGGAUGCAGCUGUACUGCAACGGGAUUGAGCUCGAGGACGAUUUUCGGAAUCUAUACGAAUACGGAAUCAAGGAAUUCUCGGAGAUUGUCGUGUUUCUAAAGUACGUGAGCCGUGCAAAAGACGUUAUCCCGGUGAGGAAGCUCUGCUUCACGAUUCAAACCUCUUCGAGUUUGUUCAAUGGCGCGAGAAUUCCGAUGGAGAUGAAGGAUUCUUCCACUGUUUCAGAGAUGAGGAACGAAUUGCUGGCGAGCAAGACGAUCCCCAGAGACGAAUAUAUAUUCGUCCACAAGCAACGGAUCAUGCGUGAAAGCUGCAGCCUGAGGUGGCAUGGCGUCGAGAAUGGCGACACCCUUUUCGUUUUCAAAGGGUCCAUUAGCCGUGGCAACUUCUGAUACACCGAGGAACCCGAUUUGAAUUUCGAUCGGUUUCGAUACCUAUUCCCCCCAUUUUGCGACUGUAACACCA